AUGAGAUUUAUCCAGCCUUGGCAGACAGUGGAUCAACACUGGACGCCACCGCCUGUUAAGGCAGAAUCAAAACGGCCACCUGUCCUAAUCAAAAUCUCUGGGGCGAGUCGCUGUUGCCAUCUGUUAAAGCGGCAAGAGGAUAGCGCGUCGUACAUGGAGCGACCGAGGGUGGUCGAUGACGAUGAUUGGAUUGGCAUGGGACGGAUGGACUAUCAGCUGCAGGAGGACUGCGGACUGGCAAACCCAGCGCCUGUAACCAUGGCCCGCGGAGGAUAA